UCUCUCUCUCUCUCUCUCUCUCUCCCCUCUCUCUCUCUCUUCCUUCUCUCUCGCUGAGUGAGUACUGUCUCAGAGAAAAACCAAGUGGGCAAGUAAAAAAGGAAAAGGAGGAGGAGUUGGAUAUUAAGAGGUGAGAAAUGAGCCUGGUUAGAACACAAGGAAGCUGUGUGGCGAUCCGUACAAUAUCUCCAUCUUCCUCCAACAUUUCCCGUUGCAGCGGUCAGGACUCUGCUUCUUCAGAAAUCCACUGGAAUUGCAGCAAAAUCAUUGGUCUAGCUCUUGUCACAGAUGACGCAAUUUGUGUCACGCCUACAUGGAUUGGCAAGGGCCUCACUUGUGUUUGCUUCAAGCGAAAGGGACAUUACGAACGGAUAUGCGUUAACUUGACACCCCAACAGGAAGAAAGACUGAAACGGCUUAAGCACCGAAUGAAGGUCUACUUUGAUGCUUCAAGACCAGAUCACCAGGAAGCACUGAGGGCUCUAUGGUCAGCUACCUACCCUAAUCAGGAGCUUCACGGCUUGAUAUCUGAUCAAUGGAAGGAAAUGGGAUGGCAGGGAAGAGAUCCAUCUACAGAUUUCAGAGGAGCUGGAUUCAUUUCCUUGGAGAAUCUGCUGUUCUUCGCGAAAACAUUUUCAACGUCUUUUCAGCGUCUAUUGAAGAAGCAAGGCGGAAAGCGAGCUGCUUGGGAAUAUCCAUUUGCUGUUGCUGGUGUCAAUAUCACCUUUAUGAUAAUGCAAAUGCUUGACCUUGACGCCUUAAAACCAAGGACUUUUGUCAGAGCAGUUUUCUUACAGAUUUUGUCUGAAAAUGAGUGGGCCUUUGACUUGCUUUAUUGUGUGGCUUUUGUGGUUAUGGACAAGCAAUGGCUUGAGAGAAAUGCUACAUACAUGGAGUUCAAUGACGUUUUGAAAUCUACUCGAGCGCAACUGGAGAGGGAACUCUUGAUGGACGACGUCCUUCGGAUCGAAGACAUGCCGUCUUACAGCCUUCUUUCUUGAAUGGCAAGCAACAAAUUAGCCGGGUCAAGAACUACGGUUUUUAUUUAUUUGAUAUCUACGGCCAUAUGACCCUAAAAUUGUACAAUCUCUCACAUCUCUAUCUUCUGUAUGACACGUGGCAUCUUCCAGUUGGUUGAUUCUACCACUCCAACCUUAACCUAUGACUCCUCAAAUUGCUCCAAUUUAAAAUCUUACAGGGUGGACUAGAAAAAAGGGUCCUCACAUCCGUUGGUCAAAAUUGUGUAUAUUUGAGGAUUGCCAGAUUUUGUUUUGAAGAGUUUGAGGACAGGAAAAUCAGUUGCUAUCUUUUUAACAUUUUCAAAUUGUAAGGAGAUUUGGAUAAAAAAAAAUAGCAAAAUGUUAGUCUAGCAUAAAAGUUUGGAUUCUCA